UGAUUUAAGGUGCUCCCGAACAAGUGAGCUGCUUCCCUAUUUCGAAGUAUUAUUUUCAAACAGCGCUAAAAUCUAUACCUACCUACCUUUCUAGUAAGUUUCAAGGGUCGGAAUAACCUCCUUAUUAGCUCGGAGACAUUUCUUAAUCUUGCCCGAUUCCUUAAUUAAAUUAUAGCACCCUCUGGGUGCGAGGAGGCGAAAGCUAGCACUAAUGAUUUCGUAUGCUGGUUCCCCCAUGAGUCAUUGUUAUAUAUGGGCUAAUCCAGGCCCGACUGAUACUUAUUUGGGUAAGUAUUCCGAGUACACGAUGAAAAAGUCGCCGAGGUAACAUACUGCGAAAUAUCGAUAUGUAAGCAUUGAUCACACGGAAAUUUGUAUAAGACUCUAUUCUCUAUCAUCGAGCAGGCAGUAUCUUUUCCACUCAAAAUAUUGAUGACCCGAAGCUCUAUACAAUCAAAAUGUCCGAGGAUCGAAAACCCCGAAUUCUGAUUAUCGGGGCUGGGUCCAUGGGAGUUCUCACCGGUUAUCACCUUAGUCUCGCCGGAGCCGACGUGACAUUCCUCAUCCGCCCACAUCGUGCCAAGGCGUUGGAUAAUCCUCAGAUGCUCUAUUGCUACGAUGAUAACAACUUGAAGGAGUAUAAGAGUUACAGUUACAUUACGAACCCGUUACUAAUACUUGGAUCGGACUAUGACUACAUUGUUAUUACACUCGAUGGUGCCUCUUUGCGAAACGAGGCAGGUGUAGGCUUAGUGAGGACGAUAGGCGAUGCUGCACGCGGGACUAAUACAAAAGUCGUCCUCGGUUCCAUAUUCUUCGACUUACACGCUUGGUUCCUUCAGCUCUCAGGGCUAGCGGACGAGCAAGUAACCAACGGGCAUCUCGAUAUUCAUGCCUACUCCACGAAGGCGUUGACUCUACCACUAGAGGCCCCGGUGGACCCAAAUCUGAUCGCAAAGGCCGAUUUCGCCUACACGGACAAGCUAGGCGAUGGUUUCACCGUCGACGAUAGUUCCCCUGCCGUGGCAAAUGGGUUUGCAGAGAUUUACAAUGCCAGCGGGGUUUCACGCUGCACCGUCAAGCCUGCAUUAGAAUGCGCCGUUGCCAUAAAUCCCCUGUUCCCCGUCUUUGCGGCAUGUGAAUUGAUGGACUGGCCUAAAUUUAAAGACAUCGAUGGAGAGGAACUAUGGAGUCUUGUAGUCGCAUCAGUGAGGGAAAUCCAGGAGCUCGACAUCCACGGGGAGCUGGGUAAGCAGGCUGCUAGAACGAUGACUGAAGCUGGACUCGCCGCUUCGCUGGCGGCGUGGGAGAAGCAUAUGAUUCCGCUCGACUUACAAGCGUUCAAUCGCUUCCAUCAUGGUGAGAAGUUAAAGGCCCAGGGUCGGGAACAUUUGCAAGUUUGUAUUUCAUAUGGCGCAGCUGAGGGGAAGCCAAUGGCGGCACUGAAAGACCUGUUACGGCGCGUUCAAGAACACGAAGUGGAAGUGGCCGCGGCGCAAUGAAGCAAAGCAAGAGGCACCCCUGCGGCGGGUUUGCAUAAAAGUCCUGAGUUUAAGACUAUGCAUUUACUUUGAUUAGCUGUAUCCUAUAUCCUAUAUUUUAUUUCAGUGCCUCAAACCAAUAUUCAAAAUCGCUCGUUUCGUUAUACCCUACCAACCAUGCUACAUUUUAACCAAUCACACCUUUACCUUCACACACAUUUUGAAUAUUGAAUCUUUAAUGCAAGGUUAUCCCAGAAAGCUUACAACACAUGUUUCAAAAAAGAAUUAAUGAAAUAUAUAUAUAUAUAUCGGAAUUGUGUUCGCUGAAAUCUCGAAAACUGUGGUCUGAGUAACAACAUCAUCUUUACUC